AUGUCUACUUCGUUAGAUAUACCUCAAGCCGGCUUGAAGCUGCAAAGUAAUCUUCCCUCCAACAAAUCCGCCACAAAUAUCGCACCUGCUAUUGGCUUAACUUUGAGCAAUGGAAUGAUCGAGGACAUCAUCAAAUGUUUUCAAAAUGGAAAAUCAAUAGAGCUAUCGUUGGGUGGAAGCCCUAAUUUAAUAUAUGGCAACAAAUCCCAUAACCUUUCCGUUUACCACGAACCAUAUCAAUACGAAGUAUUCAAGACAGCGAAUUCCAACGAUACGAGCUCGAACGACUCCAAGAUGACGGAACCACAAACUCUCAGUGAACUCAAGUUGGCCAACAAGAAGCUCUCAGGGCCUGGGGCACAACCGCGUUAUAAGACGGACAAUUUGAAGGCGAGCAAGAAACCUGCUCUGGCAACUGUAGGAGCAGAUACAGCACUGGCCAAUCUGAGGGAGUCAAUGGCUACGGCUCAAGCGAAGAAGGAUGGGAAUACUACAAAACUCAUCAACCAAGCACUACCCAUACCCACAAAACGAGGAGGUGCCGCGAAAGCCACGAAAAAUUCCAAAUUACUCUCAACUAGCCGAAUCGAUACCUCGAGAUCAAUGCCAGUCAGCCCUGCGCUUUCGGGGUUGGGUUCUCCAGCGUUGGGCGCUACUACGAAGAGUCUCUCGGAAAUGCAAGCCGAACAAGCGAAGAGCAGCAGGAAACCCAUCGUUCACUUACUCGCUUUAGAACCCAUGACGGAAAAGGCACUUAGCGACAGGUUACAUGGACCCAAGGGGGAUUUCAAGCAAGCUUUAGCUAAGGUUGCAGAGUUGAACUCUGCAACAGGCAAGUGGGAACUCCAAAAGAAAUACUACAAGGAGUUGGACGUUUUCAAUUACAGAUACGGCAAUGAGGACGAUCGGCAAAGAGCAAUCGACAAUGCAGUCAAGGUUUUCGAUAAAAUGAGAUUGGGAUUGUCGGAACCAGAAUGGGAGAAGCUCUUACCUAGAUCGGACCGAGGCACCGGAAAGUCACUUAGCAAGGUACAAGCAGGAAUCACCAGUCGCCCUGCUGCAAUGCCAAAAUCUAACGUUUCGAAAAACCGAGACUCCGACGACGAGGAGGACCUGUUUGGUGAUAAAAUCGUCUCGAAGGUUAAAGGUGAGGCUGUGGUUAGAUUAGCUUUCGGACCGCCAACGGACAAGACCCAAAAACGCAUCGAGAGAGAGAGAGAAGCACAGGCUAAGAGAUUACUUUCCAAGAAUCCCGCCAAGGCAGCAGCAGCAGCCCCGAAGCCAAAGCGUGCAAGGAAGACAGUCGAAAAACCAAAAUCACCAGCGGCAAAGUCUUUAUCCUCUCAAUUUGUCAGUGAGUCCGACGACGAAGGGGGACUCUUGAAGAAGCCACAGGUUGCGAAGGCUGCAGUCCAAAAGGCCAGCAACAAACGUGUUCGAGACGAGGAAAUUGACUCUAGCGAUUCCAGCAUGCCUUUGAGUAAGAAAACAAAGAUGGGGACUACCGGCUCAAAUCAAGUUUCAGAUGCUGGUCGAUCUUCCCGUCCAAGUUCCAAUUCCACGACUUCAUCCUCGAAUUCCUUCAAAGGAAAAGCGACCACCCCCCCAAAAUCCUCACCUUUAGCUUCCUCGCCACCAACCAAUGCAUCAGACUUCGACAACACGUCUUCUGGUGAUCGAUCAUCAACUUCCGCCUCCCCUGCCAAUCACCACACUUUGUCCAAUACUCGCAACAAUCGAUCACCAAUCCAUAAACGCCACGAAAAGUCGUCCAGUGUUGCCUCAUCCGUCUCAUCAACUGGUAGCCGCCAUUUGAGACCUGGUGUGUUGGACCUCGCUCAACGCUACAAAGCAUAUUACCCUGUCUAUCUAAAAAUCCAUAAUCAAUUGGCAACAUCCAACGUCAAAAAUUCCACCAUGGAAGGGGAAUUAUUGGAAAUGCAUGAACGCCUGAGCGACCUGAAGAGACAGAUCAUGGACGGGAUCGUUGAGGAAUAA